AUGGUCGAGUGGUUACAAGAGAACCGGACAUUGUGGGACUCUAAGCUCCAGGCUUACCACAAGAUCACAAACAAGGAGAAGUUGUGGGAGGCCCAGGCAGAGAAGAUGCAGAAGACGGUGAAGCACUUGAAGGGCUGGUUCCGGUCACUGCGGGAUAAGAACACCAGACUCCUGAAACACAAGAGCGGUGACGGUGCCCCAAGAAGAACAGAGAGGGACGAGUGGGUGCUCAACAACUUCAGGUUCCUGCAGGAGGUAGUGCGACACAGACCGGAGCCAGCCAAGCCCAUCCUACCCAGCAGAGCCUCAGCUGCAGCAACUGUCCAGGAGGAUUUACCGGUAUCUGGACCUUCUAUCACGGAGUGUGCUGCCAUACCUUCCAGAUCUUCCACACCUGCCACAGCAGCCUCCAGCAGCAGCAGUUCCAAGAGGCCCGGACGAUCUGGACAGGAUGAGGAUACCACCACUGAGGAUGACGUGUUGGCUACCCUGCAGGAGAAGGUCAAGGAGUCAGAGGCUAUACUCAAGGGUUUGUUCCAGCCUCCAGCAGUGACCCCUGAGUCAACCUUUGCGAACUACUCACAAAGAUUACAAGCCAUAAUAGGAGACACAGCCUCCUCACCGAGCAUGGCCAUUGCAAAGAGUAUUGGCCCAUUUAGCAUCCCUAUUAUCAGUCACUAUGCUACUUGUGAGUGUCUCAGUGACAAAAAGAAAUAUCCCUCAUUUCUGCACACUAUUCCAAGUGAUUAUCAUCAGAGCAGAGCACUGGCAGAAAUGGUCAAACACUUUGGUUGGACCUGGGUGGGAGCAUUAAGAACUGAUGAUGAUUAUGGGAACAGUGGGAUGGCCACUUUUUCUAAAAUUGCAGAACAACUGGGUGUCUGCUUAGAAUAUUCUCUUCCAUUUUUUAGAACCUACUCACAAGAAAAAGUGCAUAGAAUUGUGGAGCAAAUCAAAAGAUCCACUUCUCGAGUGAUCGUGGCAUUUCUUGCUCAUUGGGACUUGGAGCUCUUGCUCCAUGUGUUUUUUGAGCACAACAUCACUGGAUAUCAGUGGGUGGGAACUGAGGGCUGGAUCUCUGAUUCUGCUGUAGCCACACUGGAUAAGCACAAUAUUCUGCAAGGAGCCAUUGGGCUAGCUAUCCCCAAAACAGAGGUGAUGGGUCUGAAGGACUUCAUUCUAGAUAUAAAUCCACUGAAAUCUGCAGGAAGUGAAAUUUUUAUUAAAUUCUGGGAGGCUAUGUUUAAGUGUAAAUACACUACUCAGAAUAAUUCAGUAGAUACAAAAAUUUGCACAGGCAGUGAGAAACUGUCUGACAUAGAAAACACAUUCACAGACAUGUCACUGUUGCCUAUUUUCAAUAAUGUCUAUAAGGGGGUAUAUGCUGUUGCCCAUACCCUCCAUGGCCUUCUUGACUGCAAGGAAACAUGUCUGACAAAGAAGCAACCUGAUCCUCUUACAUUUCUAGAGCACCUCAAAAAAGUGCGUUUUAAAACUAGUGAGGGAGAAGAAGUUUAUUUUGAUAUAAAUGGUGACCCUGCUGCAAAAUAUGAAGUAAUAAACUGGCAAACAAGUAAAGAACACCAACAUGAAUUUGUUACUAUUGGCCUCUAUGACUCAUCUUUUCCUGUUCAUCAUCGGUUAAAUGUAAACAUGACCUCAAUUACAUGGGCACAAGAUACAAAUAAGGUACCAAUAUCUCUGUGCAGUGAGAGUUGUCCUCCUGGCACAAGGAAGGCUGUGCAGAAAGGGAAGCCUAUCUGCUGUUUUGACUGCAUACCAUGUGCUGAAGGAGAGAUCAGUAACAUGACAGAUUCUAUUGAAUGUGAUCUCUGCCAACAAGAUUACUGGUCAAAUCCACAAAGGAAUAAAUGUGUUAAGAAGGAAAUCGAAUAUCUGUCCUAUGAUGAAAUUAUGGGAAUUUUACUCACAACUGUUUCUGUUAUUGGCACAUUUAUGACUGUAAUAAUCGCAGUCAUAUUCUUUAGAUAUAAAAAUACCCCAAUAGUCAAGGCCAACAACUCUGAGCUGAGCUUUCUACUGCUCUUCUCUUUGGCUCUGUGUUUCCUUUGUUCACUUACUUUCAUUGGUCAACCUUCUGAUUGGUCCUGUAUGUUGCGCCACACAGCGUUUGGGAUUACAUUUGUGCUCUGCAUCUCCUGUGUUCUGGGGAAAACAAUAGUGGUGUUAAUGGCCUUCAGGGCAACACUUCCAGGCAGUAAUGUCAUGAAAUGGUUUGGGCCUCCACAGCAGAGACUUAGUGUUCUUGCUUUCACUCUCAUACAGGUCCUUAUUUGUGUGCUUUGGUUGUCAAUAUCCCCUCCUUUCCCCUUCAAGAAUCUAAAACACUAUAAGGAAAAGAUCAUUCUCGAAUGUGAUUUGGGCUCAACCAUAGGUUUCUGGGCCAUUUUGGGUUAUAUAGGAUUUUUGGCUCUUUUAUGUUUUAUUUUAGCUUUUUUAGCCCGAAAGUUGCCUGAUAAUUUUAAUGAAGCAAAAUUCAUCACAUUCAGUAUGCUCAUAUUCUGUGCCGUAUGGAUCACUUUUAUUCCAGCUUAUGUCAGUUCUCCUGGAAAAUUUACUGUAGCUGUGGAGAUAUUUGCUAUUUUGGCUUCAAGCUUUGCUUUACUCUUUUGUAUAUUUCUUCCAAAAUGUUAUAUAAUUUUACUAAAACCAGAGAAGAAUUCUAAAAGUCAUAUGAUGGGGAAGAAUGCUUCAAAAUCUUAG